AGGCAGCCACAAAACCGGGUGCACAGGAUCCUCGCCCACAGACGAUACGGCCAGCAUUCAAAAUUCCGCCCCCUCCGAAUCCGAUCGCCCCUCCUCGACGAUUCCAAAAGCGUCGAUCCACCCCGCAGCCGCCCGCCGCCGCCGCCGCCCUCCGAAUCCAUAGGAAGCAACCCCAACCAAACCUUCCAAAUCCCCCGCAAGGAUCAACAGCACCUUCCUUGUUCGCGAUUACCCUCGCUCCGCCGUCCAGCAAAAACCUUCCCCUCCUCGCCCCGUCACCUCCCUUCCCUUCCCUCGCCGCCUUCGCCCCGGGGAAGCAAAGCAAGCAAGCCGAGGGCUCCAAGAAACCCGCCGCCAUGGUGCAGAGGAAGCCGGCGCGCAAGAAGCCCAAAGAUCCCGGCGUCGUUCUUCGCGGGGACGCCGUGCCGGCCGGGGGUGAUCCGGGAAGCAGGGGAGGCGGCGUGGCCCGCGCGCCGCUCCCCGGCUACAUGAGGGCGACGAGCUGCUCCGACGCGAGGGCUGGCGCCGGAGUCGGCCGGGCGGCGGCUCCCGCCGCGCCGCCUCCGCCGCCGAAGCGGGAGCCGGUGAGAGCGAAGGUGGUGUUCACGGCGGCGGCGGCGCCGCGCGUGGGCAGGGCCACGUGCUCCUCCACCAUGAAGGGGCCCGGCGCCGGCGGGGCGCACGUCUGCUCGUACGGCUACUGCUCCCUCAAGGGCCACGUCCACGCGUCCGUGGCGCCCCUCAGCAGCUUCGUGGCGUCGCGGAGGCGCCUGAUCAAGACGCAGCAGAGCAUGAAGCUCAAGGGCGCCUCCCCGUUCCGCAAGCCCCGCAACUGCGGCGCCGGCGACGGCUUCUUUGUCGAGAUACGCGCAGGCGCCCGGGCGGCCGCGCCGACGGUGGGCUCGGACGCGAGCUGCAGCGAUCUCUCUGCGGAGGAGGUGGACGCGAUGGUGAGGCGGAUGGAGUACGUCGUGUUCGAUCACCUGAGUUGCGGGGAUGAUGCGGAGGGCAGGGCGAAAGAUUUGGGUGCUUCGGCGGACGGUUCUUGCGGAUCCAGUGAUGUGAUUUCGGAUGCUUCGGUCGAGCUGUUGGGGACGACCAAGCAUCACCGCGGCAGAGAGGAGGCUGCUUUGGUGGAUCACGAAGACGAAGACUUUGGUGCCUGCAAGUCCGACAUUUCUGAGGAGCUGGAUGCUAAACACGAAAGAAACAUUCCUGAAGAACAAUCUGGCAAUUCUGCAGAUACUGUUGGCAAUACUCCAAAGGAAUCAUCAGCUGAUAGCAUCUCCAGCGCGCUCAGUGGGAUAAGCUUCGAAGAUGUUAGUUCUUAUUGUGCUGAUGCUGCAUCCUCUCGGAGGAACAAGUUGAGUAUUUCCAGGAGGAGGAUAACAUCUGAAGAGGGUGUCAAACAAAUGCGUCCUUUCAAACCCAAGCCCCCAAAUUUUCUUCCAGCAGAAACUAGUCCAGAGGCAGAGAAGGUUGAUCUCAGGCAUCAGACGGUGGACGAUCGGAGGACUGCUGAGGAGUGGAUGGUUGAUUUCGCUCUUCGGAAGGCGGUGAAGAAAUUAGCUCGUGCUCAGAAGAGGAAAGUGGAGAUGCUUGUGCAGGCCUUUGAAACUGUUCUACCCGCAGUUGCCAAUGAGAAGAAACAGCCACAACAGGACAAUGACAAGGCAAGCUUCACUCUUACUAGGCCUUCUCAAGCAUGCAGCUGAUAGCGUUUUAGAGUUUGUGGAUUAGCUGGACUAGUCAUUAUCUGAAGGUUCUCAGUGGUCACUGCAAUAUUAGUGCCAGAGACCUGCUCAACAAAGAGGGAGCAGAGAGCUGCUUUUACUGUCACUGUUUUCUCAUCAGGUAGUUGGGCUGCUAGGAGCUCACUGAGUUGGGUUAGCGCAAGACCUAGUGCAUGUACAUAUGUCUCGUAAGCUCAGUUUAGUGAUGAGAAAUGGGUGUAGGAGACUUGCAAACUGGCAAGAACUUUGAGAUGGAUUCCUUGGACAAAGAUCAAUAAAGCUCUUAUUGACUUA